CGAAACAAGAGACUGCCAUCUCAGGCGGUUUUUGUAAAUAUUAAAAAUUUGAAAAUAACUUUUUCUUGAUUUAUCGAACGUUGUUCUGUUUUAUGAACAAUUAAACCGAAAAAACUACACAGACCUAGAGAUGGAUGCCACGGCCAGUAUUUCAAUGUUUGGUUCAAUCAGGCGCCUACAAGAGAAGGAAAAGAGGGGCAAUGUUUCCACAAGUAUCCAGAGUCAGCAGGACAGAAAGAUGGUCCUCACAUCAGAGAUAUCCAGGAUGAAGAAGAAACUACUCAAGAUCAACAAUCAGAAGUCCAAGCUUCAAAGGCAUAUAAGGAAAAAGAAAUUAGAAACCAGUGCUGCAAGUCUAACUGGCUCUAACAAAGAAGUGUUAGAGAGACUUGAUCGGGACUCUCUUCUUAAUGUCCAACUCAGAAAGCUGGAAAACAUACAAUAUGUGCAAAGAAUGAUAGGUCCCACAUUUAGGCAACCCUCUCCAAAUAAAUUGUGUGUAUGUCUUGACACAAGCUACAAAGGUCGAUACUUUGCUCCAAUUUACAUUGACUUCACAGAGGCAUCUGACUCUGGAUGGAGGAUCACGAACCAUACAUUGCCAUUGUAUGUACCUAUAGCUAAAUUAGCCCCAGAUAACCUGGUGGAACAAAAAGAUGUCUUCUUACAAGAGGUUCAGAGACAUAUUUUUGGAUAUCAUGUUAGGAAUAGCGAAUCUGAACUCAUUAAGGAGGAACUUGAGCAGGUGUAUGGUGUUGCAGUCGCUUUACAUCAUAGUGCAAGUUAUGACCAUAUUGAGCUAGAGAUUCAGUAUAAAGCAGACACUAAACCAGUCCGUAUAGCCCUGUUUUACAAUGACCUCUCACUUCAUAUCCCUACAAGUGUCAAAGUAAAAGGUUUUCCAACAGUUCCAGUGGAGUUUUUACCAUCAAAUGUUGAAAAGUUGAAGGACAAUCUACUUCAGAUUCCACUAUCAGAAUGCUUCGCAUAGAGCAGUGACUGGGACUGGUCUGUAAUAUGUAAUAUGCAUAGUAGUUUGAACUACUGGGACUUGAUCCACGAUACUCACACAUCAUGUAAUAUACAGAACAGCAUAGGCAUAGCCAGGGGGUGCUCACCCCAACCCCUCCCAAAAAAGAAAAAAAGCAAUUGUGUAAAAUUUGUUGAAAAAUCAUUCACAAAUUAUACUUUGAAAUGCUAAUAAUGCACCAUGUACAAUACAAAUUUCCCCCGUACCUUCCUUUUUUGGGCUCGCUUCGUUUGCAGAUACAAACCCCAAAAUGACCACCCCCUUGAUAAUUGCUGGCUACACCCCUGGAGCAGUUUAUUCUGAAUUAAUGAUCCACACUUUAAAUACUGGGACAGUGAUCAGUUCAUCUUAUGAGAACAAUAAAUAAGUCAUGUUCUUAUAUUAUGUAGAUUUCAUUGUAGAAAGUUCAAUUUUUUUGCAUUACAUGAAACAAUAAAUGUUUUUAUUACUAAGAUAUAUG